AUGCAGCUCUUUACCACUACCCUCCUCAUCGCAGCCCUCGGUCUGAGCACCUCAGCUCUCGCCGCAGCCAUACCAGACCCCCAGCCAGCGGUGUCCGAAUACCGCUGGCAUGGCUGUGCCGCGGGUAUUUCCUGCACUGCAGAUACCGACUGCCGCGUUGACGACGGCUGUCUGUCCACAUCUGGCAACAUCGUCUCCAACAUCCACUGCGGACAGGCUAAUCACCCAAAUAGCUGCUGGGCUGUACGUUACCUGAACUUUCAUUGUCGUCUAGGACUGCAGAUUGCUGAUCUUUAUGUGCUCGAUAGGAAUGGUACACUUGAUGUUCGCACUGUGGUAUUGGAGCCACCAGUCCAGUAUGACAGUGGUGCAGAUCAAUGGAGGUACUUGUUUUGCUUUUUUGGCUUGAUUGAUCUUCCAAUUUGA